AUGUUAUUUAUAUUAUUCAUUAUCCAAUCAAUAAAUGGAUAGGUAUGUGAAACAGCUGAUCAAUUUUACAAUCCCUUAACAUCAAAAUGUGAAGCAUGUCCAGCAGGAACGGGAUUGAUAAAUAAUUAGGUAAAAUUGAAAUUUGAAUAUUAUUAUUAGUGUAUUUGCGAUUCAACGAUAAAUGGAGUGCCUGUAAACUCAGUAUGUCCUGCAGAAACUAAUUUAUGUGUAAGUGAUACUGGAUCUUGGUAAGCCUCAGCUUGCUCAUGUUCUGGUCAUGCAAUAGCACUCCCUACAAAUCUUUGCUAAUAAUGUCCUAACAAUUAAAUAAAUGUAAGUGGGAAAUGCGCAUGUUCAGGAUCUACAUUAGCAAGCGAUAAUUAUUGUGUUGGUUUAUAUGUGAAUGUGUUUUCAGAUGAUAUAUCUCAAGUGUUGGGACCUAAAGCUUAUGAUGGAUGCAAUCUUUAUAAUGAUAUGGUUUCCUGUUAGCAAUUAGCAAAUCUAUUUAUUUUGAAACGAUCAACAGUGAGUACAGAAAAAGAUUUUAGUUAUUUAUAUAAUGCGGUUCUGACAUUUUAAAAUAAAAAGAAUAUGCCAAGCAUCAUCCAUGAAGUCUCAACUACAGUUACAUCUGUAACAUUAAUUGAAGACACUCCCAUUUAAAUGCAGGUGAAUUUCAAAGAGGAUAGAGCCACUAGUCUUAACAAAAUACCUUUUUAUGUAAUGGAAUAUUACAUCGAUGGAAGUGUUAGUGAAUUAAAGCCUCUUCAGAAUUAGUUCUAAUUGUGCAGUUCCAGUUACGGAGAUACUGAUCUGGCAUCUAAUUUUGGAGUGUCUUACAAAAAUGAGUAAUUAUUAUUGAUUAUCAUUUUAAGUUGCAAUGUUGACUUAACAAAAUACUUAAAUAGCAAUUACUAAACAGUGUUUUAUUCAGUAUGGAUAAAAGAUAUAGAUGGAAGUUUUAUCUAGGUACCAAUUAAGAUUGCUGAUUACGAUGGCAAUGGAAAUGGGGAAACCGAAGAUGAGUACGGUUAUACAAAUACAAAGUUUUUGUGGAGAUUCUUUAUGGUUGAUAACUUAAAAAGUCCAUCAGAAAUCAUCUAUGCAAAAUCUAUUAGGUUGAUUAGUUAUUUGUCAACAAAAGAAGAUGAUAAGACUUUCCUACCAUACUUUUAUAUAAUUUAUAGUGAACCUAUUACUAUUACAACCCUAGAGAAUGAAAAGUAUUAUCCUGUUAAAUAUGGUCACUAUUACUAUCAAGCUAAAACUAGUUUCUAUACUGUGGCUUCAGCUUUAUUGAUUGUAGCUCACAUAUUCAUUAUUAUUGUCUGGUUCAUACGAAUAUAUGUAUGGACUAAGAGGAAUCCCUCUUACACAGGUCAGAAUGAUUGGUGUAUGUAUUUGACAAUCAGAUCAUUUUAUGUCUUAUUAGACACUUGGGCAGAAGUAAUUUUUUAUUAUCUGGCCAUUUUCACAGGAUACUUGUUUUGUUUCUUCAAAUUCCAAUAGACCAUCUAUAUCUUGAUGCCUGAUCUUUCAGACUAUGCUAAUAAUUAUAGACCAUUUGAGGUCCUAUUUUAUAUGAUGUUUGCUUGUAGAUUGAUAUCAAUGUUCAAUUUGAUUCUGAGAUAAGCUGAUGUUCAAGUGUUCUUUAUAGAUUGGGAGAAAUCUGAAGUGUUGAGACCAAGAGAAUUGGCAGAAAAAUUAGAUAAUAAUGUGUUGAGAAUGGUUGAAUAAGCUUAAUCAAAACAAAGUGCAUGGAGGAUGAUCUUGAUAGCAAAUGAAUUUAACGAAUUGCAAAUCUAUAGGAUAGUAAGUGUUGAAUGGACAUUGCUAUUUGUAGGAUUCUUUUUGGAAGGAUUAAACUGGAUUAAUCUAGGAUAAGAGUAACCUAAUUUGUCAUUGGAUAAAACUAUCCCAAAGAAUUAUGUUCUAUAAUAUUUUUUGUGUACUUUUCUCUAUAUGGCAAUUGGAUUGGCUUAAAUCAGUAUAAAAUUAAAUUCAUUAUAUCUUAGUCAUCUAAAAACUCUUUGAUAUUUGGUUCCCAAUACUCGUAGAAGAUUUUGUAGAUUUGUGUGCAAUAUCUAAUGUUUCCAUACUCAUUUUGGAUGAUGUCUUACAUGGAUAUUAUAUACACGGAGAGAAUCCUAUUGGUUAUGCUGAGGGUUCAAGCGAGCAUCUUGCCAAUUGUCUACACUAUGAAGCAUUGGGCAAAGGAAAGAAAAGAGGGUUCAUCCAAGAAUCAUCUCUAUAACACUCAGAUGAUGUGGAUCUUCAAACCUUUGAGUUGUUUCUACCCAUGCGAUUCAGGGAGGCAUAUGAGAAAGUCUACAAUCAGGAACUCAAACAAAAAACUGACAAUGCUCAAUACCAGAAUUACAAUGAAAUGUAUUUCAAUGAUUAUAAUUUUUAAGUCGAGUUUUAAGACAGGGUGUUCCUGAUGGCUUAGAUAUGGCGUUGGUAUAAACCAUCAAAGAUACAUUCUCCUUCUAUUUGAAGGAUGUGUUGACUUAGGUAUUCCCAUUGCUAAUGUUAGGUUCGGACGAACUUUGCCAAGUGUGUCAGAGACAAAUUGCCUGUCCAAAGAUUCUUUGAUUAUCCUCCUGCUGAUUUGGAGGAAAACUAUUUCAAAGAUCAAAGUAUGCCUGUUUUCUUCAGAGAUCCAGAUCAAUCAUUUAAAUCCAUGUUCUUCUGUGGACAUGAAUUCUUUUUCUUGAUUACAGAUACUAUGAUCUUCAAUUUUUGGAUGAUUCUCACCAAUAAUACUUACCUUUCAUUGAUGUUAACUUAUUUGAUUUCAGCUGGGAUAUUCAAUUUCCGUUAAUGGGUAGGAGAACGCAAUUUGGCUGAUCAGUCUAAAAUCGAUUCUAGAUUCUUGAUAUGA